GUUACACAGGAAGUAGCCCGAAUGUAAUUUAAUGUAACGCAGCCAGACGCCUCUUCCGGCCUCUUUUCCCUCGGCCAGUGGGUGAGAAUGACGAAGGGAACAUCAUCUUUUGGUAAGCGCCGGAACAAGACGCACACCUUGUGCCGUCGUUGUGGUUCCAAAGCCUACCAUCUGCAGAAGUCCUCCUGUGGCAAGUGUGGAUACCCCCAGAAGCGCAAGAGAAAGUACAACUGGAGCGCUAAGGCCAAGAGGAGGAACACCACUGGCACUGGCCGUCUUAGACACCUGAAGGUUGUCUAUCGCCGAUUCAGAAAUGGCUUCCGGGAAGGAACCACCCCCAAACCCAGACGUGCUGCAGUGGCCGCCUCCAGCUCCUCCUAAAUGACACAUUUUUGUUUAAAUAAAUGUGAUGAACAAACACCAUCA